CUGUGGCCCUGCAGAGCUAACGCCAUCACGCUCGGUACCGGAGCUUGAAUAGCGACUUGGUGGCCACCAGAGCAUCAACCUUUAUUGCACUUCUAUCAUUCACUCUGGACUCCAGUGGAAUUAAACGCGACGGAUUAUUGACCGCACAUGAAGGGCAGGGCCUCUGUCUUGGUGCUACACAAAGCAAUGUGGAGGAAAUAAAGAUCCUGAUACGCCGAAAACCAGAGAUUGUAGAUAAUGGGCUGUGUGCAAUGCAAGGAUAAGGAAGCAACCAAACUGACAGACGACAGAGACACCAGCAUCUCCCAUGCAGCAGGGUACUGCUAUGGGGCGGACCCCACGCCACAGCACUACCCCAGCUUCGGGGUCACGUCCAUCCCCAACUACAACAACUUCCACACUCCUGUCGCCCAGGGGAUGACCGUAUUCGGUGGAGUCAGCGCUUCUCACACUGGAACGCUGCGGACCCGUGGUGGGACAGGGGUCACCCUCUUUGUGGCACUUUAUGACUACGAGGCACGGACGGAAGAUGACCUCAGCUUCAGAAAAGGGGAAAGGUUCCAGAUUAUCAACAGCACUGAAGGGGACUGGUGGGACGCACGCUCGCUCACCACCGGUGGCAGUGGUUAUAUUCCCAGUAAUUACGUGGCUCCAGUGGAUUCCAUCCAGGCUGAGGACUGGUACUUUGGUAAACUGGGCCGAAAGGAGGCCGAGAGACAGUUAUUGUCCACCGGGAACCCACGGGGUACUUACCUCAUACGGGAGAGUGAAACCACAAAGGGUGCCUUCUCCUUGUCCAUACGAGACUGGGACGAUGUGAAAGGCGACCACGUCAAACAUUACAAGAUCCGGAAACUGGACAGCGGAGGCUACUACAUCACCACCAGGGCUCAAUUUGACUCGCUACAGCAGCUGGUUCAGCACUACUCAGACCGAGCCGCCGGUCUCUGCUGUCGUUUGGUGGUUCCCUGCCACAAAGGGAUGCCCCGCCUCGCUGACCUGUCAGUCAAAACCAAAGACGUGUGGGAGAUCCCGCGGGAGUCACUGCAGCUGAUAAAGCGUCUCGGGAAUGGGCAGUUUGGGGAAGUGUGGAUGGAGUGUGUGGAUGGUUUGUGCUUUCAUUUAACGGGCGUGUGUGUCAACUCCAUCCCUGACACUGUGGGCUUGAGUCAUGACGCCUGGGAGGUCAGCAGAGACGCGCUUGAAUUGGAAUUAAAGCUGGGGACAGGAUGUUUUGCUGAGGUUUUUUACGGCACAUGGAACGGCACCACGAAAGUGGCGGUGAAGACUCUGAAACCUGGCACCAUGUCCCCUGAGUCCUUCCUGGAGGAGGCUCAGAUCAUGAAGAAACUCCGCCAUGACAAGCUGGUGCAGCUCUACGCUGUCGUGUCCGAAGAGCCCAUUUACAUUGUCACAGAGUACAUGGGCAAAGGAAGCUUACUGGACUUCUUGAAGGAUGGAGAAGGACGAGGGUUGAAACUGCCCAACCUCGUAGACAUGGCAGCUCAGGUGGCAGCAGGCAUGGCUUACAUCGAGAGGAUGAACUACAUCCACAGAGACCUUCGCUCCGCCAACAUCCUGGUCGGAGAUAACCUGGUAUGUAAGAUCGCUGACUUCGGCUUGGCCCGACUCAUCGAAGACAACGAAUACACGGCUCGGCAGGGUGCAAAGUUUCCCAUCAAGUGGACCGCCCCGGAGGCUGCGCUGUACGGGAAGUUCACCAUCAAGUCCGACGUUUGGUCCUUUGGCAUCUUGCUGACAGAGCUGGUCACCAAGGGUCGAGUGCCUUAUCCAGGCAUGAACAACCGCGAGGUUCUGGAGCAGGUGGAUCGAGGCUACAGGAUGCCGUGCCCCCAGGACUGCCCCAUUUCCCUGCAUGAGCUGAUGCUGCAGUGUUGGAAGAAAGACGCGGAGGAGCGACCCACGUUUGAGUACCUGCAGGCCUUCUUGGAGGAUUACUUCACAGCCACUGAGCCUCAGUACCAGCCCGGAGACAACCUCUGAAAUCUUCUCCUCUGCUUCUCAUGGGUCUCUCUGGUCUGGAGCUUGGACACCAUCUAUACUUCCUGGUCUUGCCUCACUUUUCUUGGGGGGAGGGGGGCAUCUGUAAAGCUUCCUGGGCUCAACCCGACCAUAUCAGUUCCUUGGUCUCAAAUAUACGUACUGGUGCAGGGAGGGGUGGCGUCUAAACUUGGUCCAUUGACAAGGAAAAACAUUGAGGGACCAAAAGUCAAUUCAUGCCAAUGAAAAUACACGCUGUGGGCCGGACUUUGGACACCCCUACCUUCUUGUACGUGAUGGUCAGAGUGCCAUACCUGUAGUCGGUGUUUUGUUUUUUUUUUUUUUAGCUUGUUUUAGUUUGCUUCUGUUCAAGACGACGAGGCAGUAGGUUUGUUAUUCCUACAGACUCUCACCGUCCUCCGUCAUAUUUUGUCUUCUCCCCGCCGUUUUCUUUCACUUUCACUUCUCAGAGCUCCAGUCGUCUUGACGCCGACUGCAAACUUGUAAGAUAUGGAGAAAUUGUUUUGCCCGGGGAAUGAAAGGAGCUACCAUACCUGCUGUAAUCCUAUUCUGGCCUCCGCUCAAAUAGACGCCUUAUUUUUCCAUGCAUUAAAUAGAAGCGGCCGGCGUGACGCAGUUACACGGUUACGCUUUUCAUUCCCCUUGGAAGUAACGGUCGACGUCAGCGGACAAUCGAUGGGCGUCGGCGUGUCGCUCCAGCGCAACACAAGCAUUUCUACAAAUAAAAGCCUCCUCUCAGA